GGCCACUUUAUCCACCUCAGAGAAAAUAGAAAAGAAAAAGAAAACCGAAUCCCUGUGAUCACCGCAUUUCCCAAUUCCAAUUCCAAUUCCUUCUUCUUCUUCUUCUUCUUCCCUUUCAUCUCGAUCUCGAUCUCUCCGUCUGAAUCCAUCUUCACACCAAAACGCACUUUCUCGAAUAUUCACAACCUCGAUCCCCUCUGUAUAUUCGUCUUCUCUGCUUCAAUUGGUCCGAGAUGAGCACUGGGGAACUCCUCAGCAUCGAACCUCUCGAACUCAAGUUCCCUUUUGAGCUGAAGAAGCAGAUCUCGUGUUCUCUUCAAUUGUUAAAUAAGACCGAUAGCUAUGUGGUUUUCAAGGUGAAAACAACCAAUCCCAAGAAGUAUUGUGUUCGUCCAAACACUGGAAUUGUCUUGCCACGAUCUACAUGUGAUGUUAUGGUUACCAUGCAAGCGCAAAAAGAAGCUCCACCUGAUAUGCAAUGCAAGGAUAAGUUUCUCCUUCAGAGCGUAAAAACUAAUGAUGGUGCCAGCCCGAAGGAUAUCACUGCUGAAAUGUUCAACAAGGAGGCAGGGCAUGUGGUUGAGGAGUGCAAAUUGAGAGUGGUGUAUGUUUCUCCAGCUCAACCACCAUCUCCAGUCCCAGAAGGUUCUGAAGAAGGCUCAUCACCUAGAGGUUCUGUUUCCGAAAAUGGAAAUGCCAAUGGUUCUGACUUCACGCAAGUAACAAGAGGAUUUACUGAACGACCUGAGGCUCAAGAAAAGUCUUCAGAGGCAAGAGCUCUUAUCUCAAGGUUGACUGAAGAAAAGAAUAAUGCAAUUCAACAAAACACCAAGCUACGUCAGGAACUGGAGUUGCUGAAGCGAGAAGGCAACAAAAAUCGUGGUGGAGUUUCAUUUAUCUUUGUCAUAUUAAUUGGCUUACUGGGCAUUAUUAUGGGGUAUCUCAUGAAGAAGACCUGAGCAUUUCAGCAAUUCGAUCUUGCUCCAUAGUUUUUAUCUUAGUUUUCUUCUUGUUCCUGACUAUUCAAGCAAUUAUGACGAAAGUUAAAAUAGAUCAAUUCAGCAAAUGUUGGUUUUUCCUUUUACUUGUUUAUUUUUGGGUGGAUAACAUUUUGGCAGUAGAAAACAUUAGAUGAAGUUGUGGGUCUGUGGUUGCUCUUACUGUGAACUGACUCAUGCUUUCAGUAACAUGCAUUCUUUUUGUAAGUUAAGAGGGGAAGUUUGUUGUUUCUUCUUUCGUGGUUCAUUCAGUGACUAUCUCGUAAUGUCAAGUUGUCAACAAUGACCGUUAAUAAACAUAAAUCUUGAGGGACUCUUUCAUCUUCAUGUCAAGAAUGGCCGUUAGAUGGUAGGUUCCCUGCUGCUUUUUUCAAAACAUGUAUUUUCACUUAUUUAUUUUGGGUCUUUGGCCAAGGUAUAGCGUUGCUGUUAGAUUAACCAUUGUAUAACUCGUGUUAUAAGUUCUUUCUCCCUAGAGACAUCCCGCAAAAUUCUUGUCAUGGAUGUGUCUGUGAUAUUACUCUCUUUUUCUUCUUU